GUUUACCUCCUAACACUUACCUCUAGAGUAUAUCUGCAUCAUCAGUCGACUUACUGAAUAAGCGAUUCAAUAAACAUAGCUUAAUAACAAAAAAUGAUUAAUGAAGGACUGAGGCAUUCUAUCAUCAACUGAAAAUCCGAAGUCUUCGUAGGCGGGGCCUUGUAAGUAGCGUUACGUGACUUUAAUAUUGUGCUAAUUUACAAUCUUGUCAAUUGCUAUUCGAAAUGUCAUAACUUAAUGUGUGUGAAAUACUAGCAACAGUUAAGAGUAGACAAUACCAGGAUGUUUGCCACCAAAAUUCAAGUCUUGAGUAUCUGGAGUUUCAGAUGAGCUCUGCAGCUAUCACUACUUCAGAUAAAUUUGGCUUACAUGCUAUUAAGCCAACCAAGGUUAUUUUAAUAUGUGGCAUUCCGAAAUGUUUCCACGCCUCGGACUUAAGGAUGUUUUUCUCUCAGUUUGUGGAGUCGUCUAAAUUUGCAUGUUUUCAUUAUCGUCACAGGCCAGAUGUGAAGACAGAGGCUGGAACUGAACUUGAUGGCCAUGAACUCCUUAAAUGUAUCAAGCAGAAAUCCAGAAGUACAGUAACGUGUUGUGCACAUCUCUUGGUUUUCGAAGAGCACGUCGAUGAAUUUUUUCGUCUAUAUCACGGUGCAAACUGGUUGGAUCCAAAUGACAUACCUCUGGAUUCAAAAUGCCACAUGUAUCUCUUGAAAUGUGGAAAGACGGAUGGCUUUGAAAACUUGCUUGAGUUCAAACCUUUGUCGUGGAUGCCUUGGGGGAACGUUGGAACACCUACCCUACAUUUCUUCAACUUAAUAAAGGAAUGCAAACUGGAGAGCUCUCUCAUUUCGAAACUUGGUUUGAACUUCUCUGUCUGUGCCAGAAACCGGAAAUACGGUGCCGUACCUUUUGAUUAUGGCAAUUCAGUUGUCAGCAAUGUAGAAACACACUAUUCUCCAGAGGGUUUAGAGUGUGGUUCGACUUACAACUCGACCGUUCACACUCAGUCAGAUCCAACUUCCAAUGACAAUUUUGCUAAUGUGGUGGAUAUUGAUAGUGAUGAUGAUGUUCCUGAAGAAUGGGAUCGUUUUGAGGCGCUACAUGAUGAUCCAUACAAUUUAGACAGAGGAAACAAGGCACAACUAAAGUAUGAAAGUAAAGUUGAACUCGUCUGGGAAAAGGGUGGUUCAGGUCUGGUUUUCCAUACGGAUCAACGUACAUGGGAAAAAUUGGAUCCACUGAGAAAGGAAGAGAUUUUCGACGAACCUUCCUCUUUUGACUGGGAUAUUGACAUGCAACCUUAUGAAGUUCCAACUGAUUUGGGGACUGGUCCAACCCCAAGUGGAUUUAUUGGCGGAGAGAGAGAUACAACCGAACUUAUUGACAUAAAUCGUGAAAGAGAAUCCAUGGAUGUUAGAGAUCUUGCCUACGAUCCAUGUGCUGCUUUUAAGAAUGAAGUAAUCAGCAAAGGCUAUGGCGGGAAAAUUCUGGAACGCAUGGGUUGGAUUCCUGGUACUGCGCUUGGAGUCAAAAAGGAUGGUUCGAAAUUUAUUUCAGGACUGAUAGAUCCCAUCACUUGUGAAGGUAGUUUACCUCCUAAUGUUCGCACAGGUCUUGGUUUCUAUGGCCCACCUAUUCGCAGGCAGUCGUUGAAUGCGAGGAUACUCAACGCGGAUACUCAAAAACAGGAAACCAGGUCUGUAUAUAUCCGGUCUGUGUUUGAUUCACCACAGACUGUUGCUCGUCGUAGUGGACUUGGUUUAUUUCCUAGUCUUUUAAGACGUGAUGAUCCUGGUUUGGUUGUAAAGUGGCUGCGUGAUCGGAAGGCUUCAUCUAAUCCCUUACUAAAUGCUACAUCUACAGUUUUAGACGGACCUAUUCCUGUUAAAAACCGUACAAUUAUUUUAAACAGCUAUAACAAUGUAUCAAAAGAAGGUAUUUCUUUUAUAUCUGGUGGUUACUUGAAUCCACCAUGA